AUUGUCUGUUGUCUGUCAAGUCAAUCAAAUGUGUUCGUUCGUCGUUUCGUUUUGUGUUGCAUGGUGCGUUGUUGUUACAAAAAACAAUAAACGAAUUAAUUUUUGUGAUCGUUGUUAAGUGUAAUACAAAUUAAUAUUGAUUGCUGGUGUCAAGGAUAGUAACCUCCAAUAAAGCUUUUUUAUCUUACCGAGCAAAGGUUUUGUGGGAGCAAUAAUGUCGAACAUAAAUGUUUUGCCUGCUCAACCCAUGGGCAUCCAGAGUACAGCGGGAGCUGUACCUGUUCGAAAUGAAAAAGGUGAAAUAUCUAUGAAAAAAGUCAAGGUUCAGAGAUACAUCUCUGGAAAGAAGCCCGACUACGCACAAGGAGUUUCCUCAUCAGAGGAAUCUGACAGUGAGGACUUUAUAGAGCAACAACGCCCUGAGCGGAGACAGCAAAUCCUGCCUCAGAUUAUCACUCAAAAAGAAGACUUCAGUGACACUGAGAAGGAGAUUGAUGAUCCACGUCUAAGACGAUUGAAAAAUGCAGCCCGCUCACCAAAUCGUCGUGCGGAACACAAACCAGAGAUCAUUGAUGCUGAGCCAGAACAAGAGUCUGAGGACAGUGCCAACGAGGCUAAGGACAGUUCGGAAAGUGAAGAUGAACUUGAUGAGGAAGAGAUUGAAAGACGUCGGCAAGCCCUCAAAGCAAAACUUGCAGCAAGAGAAGCAGAAAAAGAAGUCCUAGGCAGGGAUGAGGAUGAAGAUAUGCUAGAAGGAGAUAAAGAAGAAAGUGGCUCUUCAGACACUGAAUAUACAGACAGUGAAGAAGAUACAGGACCAAGAGUAAAACCAGUAUUUGUCAGGGCAUCUGAACGAAUGACUGUAGCAGAAAGGGAGCGUAAAAUGAAACAACAGAAGAAAGAAGAAGUUGAAGCAAGAAAAGAAAAAGAGGAGAGGCGCAGAGAGGCUUUGAAAUUAGUUGAGGAGACUAUCAGAUCAGAACAAAGACAUACUCAGGGCGAACAAAAAGAAGGCAACAUUGAUGACGUAUGCACAGAUGAUGAGAACGACGAAUUGGAAUAUGAGGCGUGGAAGUUACGUGAGAUGAAGAGGAUAAAGCGAGACAAGGAGGAGAGAGAAGCAGCGGAGAAGGAAUUGUUGGCGAUCGAACGGAUGAGAAAUAUGACGGAAGAGGAGCGCCGCGUCGAGCAACGAAUCAACCCGAAGCAGGUCACCAACAAGGCUGUCAAGGGCAAAUACAAGUUCUUGCAGAAAUACUACCACAGAGGUGCUUUCUACUUGGAUAAGGAGGAAGAGGUGUUCAAACAAGACUUCUCUGGCCCCACCCUGGAUGAUCACUUUGAUAAGACUGUUUUGCCAAAG